AGGAACAGGCAGAACACAGAGAACACUGACCUCCACUGAGAAAAGACAAAAGAGAGGCAAAGAGAAAACCAGAAGCAUCCACAGACAAUGCCACCCCAGUUGCACUCUCAGCCACCUGCCUCCAUUAGGAUUGCUCAAGGCAACCUGAGCAGUCUAAGUCCAGCUCUGAGGGAUUUCAUAGAUGCCAGCAUCACCCUGUGCCAGCCGGAGAGCCUACAUAUUUGUGAUGGCUCAGAGGAAGAGAACAAGAGAAUGCUGGCAGUGCUGGAGGAGCAAGGCAUGAUCAAGAAACUGCCCAAAUAUGAGAACUGCUGGCUUGCACGCACAGACCCCAGGGACGUGGCCAGGGUUGAGAGCCGAACCGUGAUUGUGUGCCAGGAGCAGAGGGAUGCCAUUCCUAUUUCCAAGAGUGGAGUCAGCCAACUGGGCCGCUGGAUGUCUGAGGAGGAGUUUGAGAAAGCAGUCAACAUGCGUUUUCCAGGGUGCAUGAAAGGUCGCACCAUGUACGUCAUUCCUUUCAGCAUGGGACCACUGGGCUCUCCGCUCUCCAAGAUUGGCGUGCAGCUCACUGACUCUCCAUAUGUAGUGGUCAGCAUGCGAGUGAUGACACGGAUGGGCUCUUCAGUCCUUGAGGCUUUGGGAAACAACAGCUUUGUACAAUGCCUUCAUUCAGUGGGCUGCCCAUUACCUCUCAAGAAGCCAUUGAUCAAUAACUGGCCGUGCAAUCCUGACCUUACUCUGGUGGCCCACAUCCCUGACCAGAGAAAGAUUAUCUCAUUUGGCAGUGGUUAUGGAGGGAAUUCACUACUGGGAAAGAAAUGCUUUGCUCUGAGGAUUGCUUCUAAGAUUGCAAAGGAUGAGGGGUGGCUGGCUGAACACAUGCUGAUUCUGGGCAUCACAAACCCCGAAGGCUGCAAGAAGUACUUUGCCGCAGCCUUCCCAAGUGCCUGUGGGAAAACUAACCUGGCAAUGAUGCAGCCCAGCCUGCCAGGGUGGAAGGUUGAGUGUGUCGGAGAUGACAUUGCAUGGAUGAAGUUUGACAAAGAAGGAACCCUCAGAGCCAUCAAUCCAGAGAACGGAUUCUUUGGGGUGGCACCUGGGACCUCCAUGAAAACAAACCCCAAUGCCAUGAAGACAAUCUGUCAUAACACAAUCUUCACCAAUGUGGCUGAGACCAGUGAUGGAGGAGUCUACUGGGAAGGCAUAGAUGAGCCACUGUCAGAGGGUGUCAGUCUUAUCUCAUGGAAGAACCAGUCAUGGGACCCAGAAAGUGAGGAGCCAUGUGCUCAUCCCAACUCUCGCUUCUGUGCACCUGCCAACCAGUGCCCAACGAUUGACCCCAUGUGGGAAUCUCCAGAAGGUGUGCCAAUAGAAGGAAUCAUUUUUGGAGGAAGACGACCGGAGGGUGUGCCACUGGUUUAUGAGGCUUUCAAUUGGCAGCAUGGAGUUUUUGUCGGUGCAGCCAUGAGAUCAGAAGCUACAGCAGCUGCAGAGCACAAAGGGAAGGUCAUCAUGCAUGAUCCCUUUGCAAUGAGGCCAUUCUUCGGUUACAACUUUGGCAAAUAUCUGACCCACUGGCUAAGCAUGGAACACUUCCCAGAAGCCAAACUGCCCAAGAUCUUCCACGUCAAUUGGUUUCGCAAAGAUCAACAAGGUCAUUUCUUAUGGCCAGGGUAUGGUGAGAAUGCCCGUGUCCUGGAAUGGAUGUUCAAGAGGCUGGAUGGAGAGGUGGGAGUCUUCCCUUCUGCCAUUGGUUACCUGCCGGCUGUAGGCACUCUCAAUCUAAAAGGCAUGAAGGACAUUAACCUCAAGGAACUCUUCAGCAUCCCUAAAGACUUCUGGGAACAGGAGGUGCAUGACACCCGGAAGUAUUUUGAGGAGCAAGUUGGUGAUGACCUUCCUUAUGAGAUUGAAGAACAGCUGCAACAUCUGGAGCAGCGAGUGCAACACUUGUGAGGGAUGACUGUUGGCUGAGGCUGGACCUCACAGCUGAGAGAUAAAACAAAAAAACACCAUCAGUACCAUCGACGCUUCGCUGAUAAAGGAGGCAGAAUUCUGAGCAGCCAAAGUGACUCCACUGGCCGCUGCUAUCUUAUUAUUUAUUUUUGUAUUGUUUAGUGUUAAUUUAUUAGGAAUUCACUAUAUUCUAUAUUCUAUAACUUUAAAUUGUGCACAAAGAGAUCUUAAUAAAAACAUCUUAAC